AUGCAGGGUCACGUCGAAGUCGCGCGCUUGCUGUUGGAGGCCGGUGCCGACAAGAACUUCCACAACGGCACGACAGCUUUGAUGCUGGCUUCUCUGCAAGGUCAUGUCGAAGCUGCGCAGUUGCUGGUGGAGGCCAAUGCCAACACGGACUUGACUGACAGAAACGGCUUAACUGCUUUGACGAUCGCAUCUGGGCAAGGUUUUGUUGAAGUCGUGCGUGUGCUGUUGGAGGCUGGUGUCGAUAAAGACUUGGCCGCCAACAAUGGUGCCACAGCUUUGACGAUGGCAUCUGAUCAAGGCAAUGUCGAAAUCGUGCACUUGCUGCUGGAGGCUGGUGCGGACAAGAAUCUGGUUAGCAAUGUGGGCCUGACGGCUUUGAUGACGGCAUCUGGGCAAGGCCAUGUCGAAGUCGUGCGCUUGCUGCUGGAGGCCAGUGCCGACAAGAACUUGUCCUCCCGCAACGGCUCGACAGCUUUGAUGCUGGCAUCUCUGCAAGGUCAUGUCGCUCCCGCGCAGUUGCUGGUGGAGGCCAAUGCCAACACAGACUUGACUGACAAACACGGCUUAACUGCUUUGAUGAUUGCAUCUGGGCAAGGUCUUGUUGAAGUCGUGCGUGUGCUGUUGGAGGCUGGUGUCGACAAAGACUUGGCCACCGACAGUGGCUUCACGGCAUUGAUGGCCGCACUUGGGAGCAGCCAAGCAGGAGUCGUCCGCUUGUUGUUGGAUGCUCGUGCCGACACAAACAUGGCCGACAACAACGGCUUCACAGCUUUGUCGAUCGCAUCUGGACAACGUGACUAG